GUUAGCAUAGUGGUAACGUAAGCUAAACACUGGUAAGCUAAUGUUAACCGUUAGCAUAGUGGUAACGUAAGCUAAUGUUAACCGUUAGCAUAGUGGUAACGUAAGCUAAACACUGGUAAGCUAAUGUUAACCGUUAGCAUAGUGGUAACGUAAGCUAAACACUGGUAAGCUAAUGUUAACCGUUAGCAUAGUGGUAACGUAAGCUAAACACUGGUUUAGUUAAUGUUAACUGUUUGCAUUGUGGUUAACAAGCUGUUGCUUUAACAUAAGAUUUGUAAGGUUGACGUUUUCGAAACUGUCCUAGUUUUGACACCACAAUACAUAUUUAAGUAGUGAAAGGGAAACAGUCGAGCUGGAAACUUUGCCGCUGUGUUACUUCUUUACGGUGACGUCAGCUCACAGCUCACUCGUCAUAAAGUGACAGCUGAUCCUCAAUCAGCUCUGAUCAGCACAUCAUACACCGGAGACACACACGUGAUGGAAUCUCUGUGUCAUUUACUUUCUAGGUUCCGUUUUAGGCAAAUGAUACCUAAAUGUAAUGAAUUCUGCAAAAGAAAAGAAUUGGGAGCACAAAAGAUCCGAUCAGAACCUUCUUAGCUGAAACCUAUUUCAGGGGGAAAAAAAAUGUUGCAGUUUUUUUUAAAUAUCUGAAGGGUUUUAACCUAAUAAUUGUAUGAAUGUAUAAAGGAAAAUGUUAUUAUGCUGAUGAGGAGCUUCACAGGGAUGUUGUUCGGGCAGCGGGGCCCCCUCAGCGGGCAGCAGAGGAGCGAGGGGCCGGGAUGCCUCGCAGGAGGAGAAACCUCGCCACGGUGAUGGCUAACAGACGGCCACAGAGAGAAGCUGUGGAACAUGAGGAGGAACUGUUGGAGGAAGAAGAGGAGGACGAGCAGCAGAACCUCCAGCCGACCGCAAAAGUUGGAGCCAAGAAGCAGAAGAAGCUGGAGGAGAAACAGGCCAAGAAAGCCCAGCGAGAGGUGGAGAUGGAGGAGAGGGAGGAGAGGAAGAAGAUGCAGGAGCUCAGAGAGCAGGAGAGACGUCAGGACGACGCGAGAGAACGCCAGCUGGAGCAGAAACAGGAGGAGGAAGAGCGCCGGGCUCAAGAGGAGCAGGACAAACGGGAGCAGGAGGAGUACUUAAAACUCAAAGCCUCCUUCACUGUAGAAGAGGAGGGAGUGGAGGAGCAGCCCACUGAGGACCAGUCACGCAAUCUGCUGCAAGAGUUCAUCCAGCACAUUGAGACCUCUAAGGUGGUUCUCCUCGAAGACUUGGCUUCUCAUUUUGGGAUGAGGACACAGGAUGCUAUUUGCAGACUGCAGGACCUGUUGGCUCAAGGCUCACUGACAGGAGUGAUUGAUGACAGAGGGAAGUUCAUCUCCAUCACUCCAGACGAGCUGGACUCCGUGGCUCGUUUCAUUAGACAGAGAGGCAGAGUGUCCAUCACAGAGCUGGCUCAGGCCAGUAACUCUCUGAUCAACCUGACGCCCGAGAGCCGCAGCAGCGCCUGAUGGGACGCCCCACUGCUGCAGCACCGCCCCACUGCCGUCUCUUCAUGAGGAUGCUGAAGAAUAAUCUAAUCUGACGAUUGCACUCGACCGCUGGUGAAAAGCACACAAGACGGCCGGUGCCAGGUGGGGUGCUGAUCUGUUGUACAGUGACGUCCCGGCUCAGUGGUCUUCACUCGCCUGUAAAUUAACACGCCCGACAUGAAAAACAUUGGGAGAAAUAAAGUUUGCGAUUCAAAUUUC